GCAGUCAAUUCACGCUCAGAGCAUCGCUUCACAUAUCUCUUACAAGUGAUGCCUCUGCUGUCAGAUUAGUGGGAACUCAGCUGGGGCUUGGAAUUGCAAAGCUGCGAUUAGUGAAGACAGCUUUAGUGUUGCCACAGUGUUUGGGAGAGCUUUCUCUCUUAGUCCGACCCGUUCAUCCUGUUCUGACAAUGGUAUCUCGGGGUCCUUUUUAUCAGCGCCCACUACCCGUAAUCCUUCUGAGAUUUCUCUGCCUUCUUCCAACAGGACUGCCGGUUAGAAGCGUGAACUUCUCCAGGGAGUCGGACAACAUCACCAUCAGGCAGGGAGACACGGCUAUCCUCAGGUGCUAUGUUGAUGACAGAAUCUCAAAGGUUGCUUGGCUGAACCGAUCUAAUAUCAUUUUUGCUGGAAAUGACAAAUGGUCCCUGGACCCUCGAGUCACUCUGUUGACCAGCGCUCGCUUAGAGUAUAGCCUUCAGAUUCAACAGGUGGAUAUAUCUGAUGAAGGUCCUUAUACAUGUUCAGUACAGACCCAGCACCAUCCUAAGACCUAUCAAGUGCAUUUGAUAGUGCAAGUUCCACCAAAGAUCUACAACAUCUCAUCUAACAUUACAGUGAAUGAAGGUAGCAAUGUGACUCUUGUGUGCUUGGCUAAUGGAAGACCAGAACCUGUCAUAAAUUGGAGACACAUUUCUCCUUCAGCCAGGGAAUUUGAAGAGGAAGAGGAAUACCUGGAAAUCUUCAUGAUCAGCAAGUACCAAGCCGGCAUUUACCAGUGCAAAGCUGCCAAUGAGGUUUCCUCUGCUGAUGAGAAGAAAGUCCAUAUCACUGUUAACUAUGCUCCCACUAUUAAGUAUGCUCAGAGUGCAGAUGUUGCAGUGGGCCGUACUGGGAUGCUGCACUGUGAGGUUUCGGCUGUGCCACCAGCAGACUUUGAGUGGUACAAGGAAGAUAAGCGGAUAUAUAACAGCUCGCAAGGCAUCCAGAUCCAGAACUUGGACAGUCGCUCCAGUCUCAUUGUCACUAAUGCCACUGAGGAUCACUAUGGCAACUACACAUGUGUGGCAGGCAACAAGCUGGGGAUCGCCAAUGCAAGCAUAUUUCUAUACAAAAGUAUCCUGCCAACUAUUCCAAACCCUAUUCAAGAGCAAAUAGAAACCACUGUGCAUUCAAAAAAAAGAGGGCCAGGUUCCAUGCGAGACUCAGGCACUGGAUUAGCAGGCGUCACCAUAUCACUGUGGCUGCUAGCAGCAACUCUAGUCUGUCUAAUUUACAAGUGUUAAUAUUAUGAAAACUGACCGCAAGAAAAGAGGAGACUAUUUGUAUUUCAACACAGUGCAUUCUACUGCACAGAAAAAAUAUUGCUAGAAAAGCUUUUAGAAUAGAAACAAAAGGUCGAGGGUGUAUUAGGUACAAAAUGAUCAACAUUUGCUCAUGAAUUUCAAAUAUUGUGUAAAAAGAAAUUCUUUCUCCUGUCAUAUUUGCUAAUGUUUACAUUCUCGCAGGUCUAACCCUUUGUUUUGGGUCUGAAUGAUGACAUUUAAGCAACACAAAGCAGAACCCUGUAUUUGUUAGUGCCAAGUGAUCCAUUCACCAUAUAGAAAUUAUCAUUCACUGAGGUAAUAUUGAGGGUGAUGAAUGACAUGGGAACUCAGUGUUAAAUGUAUUGAUUAUAAAUCACCCACAAUAUUUAGGCACAGGCAUUAAUGCACAACAGCCUGGAUCAAAGGGUAAAUUCUUGAUGAAUUUAAUCAAUUUGCUCAAAAUCAAUGUGAAUUGGAUGAUACCGUCUUCUUCAAUAAACUAGUUCAGAAAAAAAUUGUAAAGCUUCAAAAUACUUUCUUUUAUCUUAUUAAUCACACUGAAAAUGCCAUUAUCAAUAUAUCUAUCCUGUAGCAAAUACUAAUAUGUUCUGAUCAGAUCACAAAUGUAUCUGAACAUUACUCUCUAACUUAAUGAUAGUCUGUCUAAAUUCAUAAACAGGCUAAAAUAUUGGGGAAAAAAUAAAACUUUUUAAAAUCUUCUGAUUUCCAUUUAUCGCAAGUACAUCAUCCAAUUGGUCUUUUUCUCCCCGCCAAGGAUCUCUAAAGGAAUUAGCUGAUCUGGCCUGUUAUACUGUUCUAGUUAAAUUAAAGAGAUGAUUGACAGCAAAGUGCAAGAUAUAUUAGACUGCAGUGAUUUUUGAUAAUGGUCACUCCAGAAGAUUACAAAGCGCAUGGCCUGGGUCAUUUUUAAAUGUUUUGUUCCACAAUGCUCUCUUGUUAUAUGUUGUACUGACAAUGGGCAUUUCUUGUUUACUUAUUAAAAAUGUUCCAUUAUUUGACAGUUAAAGAUUUCCCCUGUAAAAUCUUUACUUUUAAGAAUCUGUUCUUACUGAUGAACUGGUCAAGUCCUUCAAAUAUAUAGGGUUCUAACAUGAGGAUCCUCUCUGAAAACCAUAGUUUUCAUGAGAGAAUGCAGAAGCAUUAAAUCAGAUUUGAAUGGGUAUUAUAUGAGCAUUAGGCUUGAACUUUGUGCAUCGAGGGAGUGAUAUGUCAUUGGUCAUAAACAAUUGCUCAUUAAGCUAUUGGUGUGCCAUACUAAUUUAAAAUAUAAUAUCUGAGAUGCUAUACAUCAUAACUAACACUCCAGACUUUCUAAUAACCACUGCAGCCUCUGGCACAAGUGAGUCAUGUUGCUUCAACUUCACACACUUAAGACAAGUUCCCAGAAUAAAGUUAAGCGGCACCAGUUCUCGGGGUCAUGAUAGUUGUUCAUCUUAUAAGAAUUGUAAAGCAAGUUUGCAUUUCAGGCACUAAAAUGUAUUCCUCAUUUCUGUUGGUGUAUAUAUGAGGCCAGUGCCCAUAAAUGGAUUUACAUUUGUUGCUAGCUUUAGACUAUGCUAAAAAUCCUUGUGACAGUUAAGUGCUGUGUACAUACGGAAGAGAGAGCCUGGGAACAGGAGGAGGACUUUGGUCCACUUUAUCAAGCUCUAACUGAUUUUUCAGUUAACAAUGGUCCUAUAACAUGCUGUGGUGCACUGUUACUUUUUUUUUGCAUUUAUCUUAUUGAUAUUCAACAUUGCAAUUCUAUAGAUGGAUGUUUCUGAAGUAAAAGCUGAAUGAAAUUAUGGUAUACAUUGCAAGUGCAAAAGCAAUUAUUUACUGUGUUCAACAGAAGCAGUUUUUACUGGAAUAAUAAGGUGGUUUGGAAAAGAAUAGAUUAACUUUCUUGAAAUAAGAUGAAUAUUAUGUACCAUGGUGAUCACAUACAAUCUGUAUUAACAAAGUUUGGAUCAAUAACCUAUGGCUGUAGCACCAUAAUAAAUCUAUUUAAGAAGGAGCACUCCAAAUAGGAGUCACCACCUACAACAAGCAACAGAUUUACAUUUCUCACACAGCUCAAUUUGUUAUUAUGAAGCAGAUUUAUGUCACAAUGAAAAAUGGGAAAAGCAUUUUGAAACAUUUUUUUCUUUAUUGAUUGCCCAAAACUGGAUGCAAAUAACUUAUAUGGUAUAACUGUACAAAAAAAAGCUUUAAAAAAAUUAAAAUGGUGUGUGGCUUUAAUUUGAGUUCUACAGUUUGAUUUAAUUCCAACGUGUUUCCUGCUUUUAAUGCUGUGGUAGUCAGCUAAAUCUAAUAUUUUGCAAGUUUCUUGAUUAUGUGACAAGUUUGCAAUAUGACUUUUGUACAGUUUUCAUUUAAGAUUGAAUCAGCACAGAAACUCCACAGAAGCAAUUUGACUGUCACUUUAUUUUGUUUUAACGUUGCUUUUCUUUUUCCUCAUUCUGCUUCUCGGAUGCUGUGGGCAUUUUCUUGCAACCGGGAGGACUUUAUUACCCCAGAAGUAUCAAAGGGUUAUAGUACAGAAGGAGACCAUUUGGCCCAUCCUGCUUGUAUUUGCUUUAAAUGGCCAUCAUUACCAAGGUGCCAGUCUCCUGCUUUCUCCCCAUACCCUUUCACGUUAUUUUAACCAACUAAUCAUCUCGUAAAUGCCUCAAUUGAACCUAUCUUCAUACAAUUCCAGGCAGUGCAUCCCAUGCCCUAACUACUCGCUGAGUGGAAAACAUUUUUCCUCACUUCACUCUUGCUUCUUUUGCGGAUCACUUUGAAUCCAUGCCCUCUUGCUCCUAUUAGAAGCAGGCUGCAGAGCUAUAGCUUUUCUCAUUGCCAGACUGACAUUGUUUGAAAAGUGACUCAGAACCUGCCAACUGUUUCUCCCAUCCAUUCCAAAAUGAAAUGUCUUAUUCCUAACUGUAAGCUCCACUGACAAAUGAUAUCUGAAGGAAAACAACCUGAAAUUAUGGGAGCCCUUGGGCAAGUACUUAUGGUGACUCUAUAGUGGGGAGUCAGUUACACAACCGUCUGAAAUUGCCACUUGGUUUCCACUGUUACCACAACUUCAGAUUUAAUAACACCACCAGUUUGGUACAUAUUUCCACCACUGCACCAAAUCACAAUGGUAUAAUUGAAAACAGGAUAAACUUUCUCUUCCUAAAGAAAAUGGCAGUGAAAUUGAGCAAUGCCAGUAGUUUGACUUUCUUUGGUCAUAUUGUAAACAAGGAACAUUUCAUUCUACUGGUAUGGACACAAUUUCACCCACAAUAAUUCUUUGUCCAGAAAUGGUAAAAUGGUACAUGAUUUAAUGCUUGGCCAUUUGUGGGCCAAUAAUGGUCUUUCAUCUACAAAAUAGUUUGACAUUUUUACCUAAAAUAUUAUAUAAAGUAAUAUCACAGAGUCAGAGUUGUACAGCAUGGAAACAGACCUUUUGGUCCAACUCAUCCAUGCCAGCCAGAUACCCUAAAUUA